AAACUUUGGUCAUUUACUAGACCAAACGUCGAGGUAACUUUACUACAAACCUUUUUUUUUAUUUUUGCCGGAUUCUAGUGGAUUCGGCACAAAUCAUGUACGGACGGCUACACAUGUCAAGUCUCUCAUAUCCUGACCUCGCUGAGGCGGUCGUAAAAACAGGCCCAUUCCCUAAACUAACUAAACGUGCCCACAUCUUCAGGUACUUGGUAGAUGCAACUAUCUGCAUAAACCUCUUUGGCUCUUGCAGUGUGUACUCAGUGAUAAUAGCUCGAACUAUAAAACAAAUACUGGAGAAAGCGAAUCUAGUAGGAGAGGAAAGCAUACGGAUCUACAUUGCCUGCAUGAUCAUUCCCUUAGUUCUCAUCGCCAUGAUUUUGACUUUGAAGUACCUGGCGCCAUUUUCUAUUGUAGGGAACAUAUUACUGUUGAUUUUGGCUUUCUCCACGAUAUACUUCGGAUCGAAAGCUGCCACCAAAUCCCCUACAGAGUUCCCUCUUAUCAAGGACGCUGAGGGUUUCUUCGAGUUUCUAGGCGUUUGCGUGUUCAGUAUGGAAGGAAUGGGCGUAGUGCUUCCAAUCGAGAACCAUAUGAGGGAACCGAAGAAAUUCCCUAGAGUGCUGUGUAUGGGCAUGUCGGUGGUGAUUGGCAUUGUGGCAGUAAUUGGAUUUUUCGGCUAUUGGGGUUAUGGCGAGAAGUCUGUUACUCCUAUCACUAUGAAUUUUCCUUGGGAAAUUUACCCGAUCAUUCUAAGAAGCAGUUUGGCCCUGGUUGUCUACAUUACAUUCGCUCUCAACUUCUGGGCUCCCUUUAACUUGGUGUGGUUCUAUAUCAAGGUCAAAUACAACCCGGACAAGUACUGGUGUGUGGAGCGGAUCUACAGAGCUAUCAUAGUGAUCGGGCUUAUUCUGCUCGCCAUAGCGUUCCCGAAUAUCAACGCUUUUAUGGGAUUCUUGGGCUCAUUUUGCAUCUCGCUGUUGGGUUUCUUGUUCCCGUCGUUCAUCGAGCUGGCAGUCAAAUGGAACGACCCAGGUUUGGGCGCCUGCAAAUGGCGGCUGUAUAAGUUCGGCGCCGUGUUCGGCUUCGGGGUGUUCUUGUGUAUACUGGGAACAUAUUCCAAUGUCAAGAGCUUGGUUACUUCCAACGAGUAGAUUGAAAAGUCGUUCGAAUUUUACAAAAUCAACACAAGGGUAACGGCUACAGUAUUUGAAAAAUCCUAUAAAUUAAGUACUGUCAAAUAUAUUUGAACUUGUACUUGCAAUGUGGAUAAUCAGAAUAAAAAAAUCAACACAUCAACAUACCAGCUCAAAUCAACAAAAUCCUUUGGAUUUUUAAAUAAUGUACCUAUCUAAUGUGCUUAAGGAUAAAUGAUUUGCAUGUUACUGAUACUUGUUUAUGCUUAUUUAUGUAAGUGUGUAAAUAAAACAAUAUUUAAUAUUUACAAUAA